AUGGACAGGGUUUCGGAUCUCGAACGACAUCUUGGAGCCGGUGUAGACUCGGUUCCGAGAGGACGGUUCGACCUUCCGGUCUUCUCUCCCCUCUCGUACUGGCUCUGUGCCGCGACCAACUUUUUGCCUGCCGAAUCGGCCGCCGUACCCAUUCUUCGCAUCUCGAAUGUCCGCACCUGCGGGGCAUGGCGUGUCAUCCUCCAAGAUGCGGGUUUCGCCCGAAGAUCGAUACUGGAGAAGUGCGUGACGUCGUCUAUUCCUGUCCAAAUUGAACGUGCUGCCAGGGGUGAUGCUGAUGGUAUGAGGCUGGAAAGAUAA